GAGAACCAUAACAAAGCAUAUGCUGGUUAUUAUUGUUGUCAUGUUUUACAGAACCACACAAUUUCCAGCAGGUUUAAUUCCUGAUCUAAGUCAGACCGUACAGGACUAGUGUGUGUUUUUAUCGGUACACAUUCAUCCCGUAAACAGGGGACGGUUUCUGACUUUCUGGCAUUGUUUCGAAAUUAGAUUCGUUGCAAGUCUACUACGGAAUAAUGUCGUUUAGAGGAAGUGUCUUGGCCGUGGCAUUGCUACAGGCGAUGCUAGCAAUUUCCCGUGGGCAUGAGUCGGCACCAACCUUCUUGGAUAUGCUGGAGGACCCUAGCGAUAUCUCCACGCUUGUAAAGGCUGCACGUUUCCUUGCCACCUAUGGGUACAUCUCCCCGGAGAAGGGUGAGACCUCCCCGGAGCAGAUGAACGUGACGGAGAUGUCCACGGCCAUCCGGAAAAUGCAGCGGUACGCCGCGGUGAACCAGACCGGCAUACUGGACCAGCCCACGGUCAGGAUGAUGAACACGGCCCGCUGUGGAUGCCACGAUGAACCGGAGGAAUUAAAGGAUACGAGGAUCGAGUACUACGCGUCGGCAGAGAGCGGGAAUAGACGCAAGAAGAGAUAUGUUGUGGCGGGACUCAACUUCAAGUGGGAUAAGAAUGACAUCACCUACAAGAUUACCAACUACCCAGAUGAUUCCCGAUCCCUGCUCACCAAAGUUCAGGUGCGAGAGGAUACUGCGAGAGCCUUGAAAGUCUGGAGUGACGUCACACCCCUGACAUUUACUAAAGUCAGCGUGGAUGAGAUAGCUGAUAUGGAGAUCUUAUUUGGUUCCUAUCACCACACUGACCUCGCCCGUGACCCGACCUUUGAUGGACCGGGUGGCACCCUGGCCCACGCCUUCUUCCCAAACAGCGGCUGGGGAGAGGCUAACGGGGACGUGCACCUAGACGACUCGGAGACGUUCACACACCGCGAGUUUACCGCCGAAGGGACUGAUUAUUUCUUCACAGUGGCCCAUGAGAUCGGUCACGCUUUAGGCAUGGCACACGCCACAGACCGAUCCUCGCUGAUGUUCCCGUACGACAAGGGGUACAUACCUGACUUUGUGUUGCCUGAGGAUGACACGUAUGGUAUUCAACUCUUAUACGGAAAGAAUCCCGACGCUCCUUCCAAUGACGGUGUAACAACCGGACAAGACACGCGUUCGGAGCACGAAGUCUGCCGUCGAGGCGUCGAUAGUCUCACCAUGGUCGACAGUGUCCUACACGUAUUCUCAGGCAAUAAAUUCUGGAGGUUCUCUGAGACUAAGGACAUAGUUGGCCCGGUAGAAGGGACCGUGAGCAGGGACUACUUUGAGCGACUGAAUGCGGGAACUACAGCGGUCUACACACGAUGGGAUGGCAAACUGGUGUUCUUGAGAGGCAGGAACUACUGGAUAUAUGACGCCACGAGCAAAGACCAAGCCAAAGCACACAAGAUGGCAAAUCUGGGGGGCGUGCCCAAAUCGCCCACUGCAGUCAUGCAUGACCGGGACCAGCGACACACAUAUUUCUUCAAGUAUUCAAAGGUUUGGAAAUACGACGAACAAAGCCAGAGUCUCGUGGACGGUUUCCCGAUGGGUGUACACAAGGUGUUCGAUGGACUGCCUAAAAAGAGUCGAGUGCAGGCAGCAUUCACCGAUGAACAAGGUGAUCGAUAUCUUCUUGUUGGGAGGCAGUACUACCGGUUCCCGAAUGGGCAGGACCAGCUGGACCCCGACUAUCCGAAAGAUUUUCUUGUAGAGUAUUUUGGCUGUCAGCCAGAAUAAACGACAGAAUAAUGAACAAUUCCAACAUGGAAGCCAAAUAUCGCGAUUGAAAUUGUCGCAAAAGGAGGAGCUUUGAAACUUAUUUUCCUACGAAUUCAAACAAAUGUUUGAGUGCGGCGAUACAAUUUUGGAAUUCCCUGGUUGACUGCAAAUACCUUUGUGCAGUCCAUGAAUAAAACUAACUUUUUGAAUUUGUGUUGAUAAAAACAAGGAGAAAUGCAGGCGUUCUUCAAGAGACUUUAAGAGUGAAUAAAACGAUUGAUUGUCAUGCGAUUUGACUUGUGAUUUAAUCGAUUACAAAAUUAAAACGCAACAUCAACAGCGAAAACUAUUCAAGGUGUGUAAUUUCUAAAAAGGAAUUCGUGACUCAAUCAAUGAAUUCAAUCAUAUAUACAUUAAGCCGCUGUCAUUAAGUUGACACAUAAAGGUAACACACUUUACAAAACCACAGAAAAACACCUGUCGCAUACAACAGGAAGAAGACACUUGCGGAUGGCUCACAUAUGUUAAAGUGCUUAGUUAUGCCUUCUCAGGAAAGAAUAAAAGUUGAACCUUUGUAAACUUUAUCUAACCUCGAGCUCAGACGUUGCCCUUGUACUUUUUUGAACUUAAGUCAUGCAAAAGAACAGUGCCCUUGUCCCUAAAAGUCUUUGUACUUUGAGCCACGGAUCACAAGUUCACGCCUCAGACCCCUGGAUCCCCGGUAAUUUCCUGGUAACGCAGACCACGUCCACAACAUAUACUUCAAGUGAGCUGAAAAUCAUUACCAUGGUAACACGUUUGGCGCAGCUUGACAGUUGCUUGUAUAACCACCUGUGAAGACGUCUUUAGGAUUUUCUCACCUUAAAAGGGCCA